AUGCCUGUGGAUAGAACUCCUGUUAAAUCUGAGUCAACUCCGUCGACUUCAACUACUUCAACUUCAGCGUCAAUUCUGAGUCUUCAACAAGAGGUCGGAAUGGAAAUUUUAAAUUUACCUUCUGGUAUUGAACAUCAAUCAUCGGGUGAGUCCACUCAGAUCCAUCCUAAUGAAUUUCGCCUGUUGAAACUUCCAACAUUUUGGUAUAAGCAACCUAAGCUGUGGUUUGCUCAGAUUGAGAGUGAAUUUACCGUGUACCGUAUCCGUUCCGAAGAUAUUAAAUAUAGUUCCGUUAUACGUCAUCUCGAUGAGCAAGCUUUAAUCGCGAUUUCGGAAAUUGUUGAAAAUCCGCCUGAAAUUGAUAAAUAUAAUCAAUUAAAGAAAGCACUCAUUCACCGCUUCACGGAUUCGGAAGAAAAACGUUUGAGACAAUUAUUAGCCGAUAAUAUUUUACAUUCGAUUUGGCUACAACGCUUACCAUAUAGAGUUCAAGCGACUCUUGCUGUUGUUGAAAACGUACCUUUAGUCAAGCUCUCGGAACUUGCGGAUAAAAUUGUUGAACGUGAUACUGGUUUUCAAGUCGCGGAAGUUAAUACCUCAACCUCUAAACAGUCGGAUUUUUCUGAUUUGGAACGAAGAAUCGCUGCGCUUGAAGUUUCUCGCCGUUAUGGCAGAUCUUUUAGCCGAUCUAGAAGAAAACUAGAAGCGCCGUUGAAGAUUGAGGCUGCUUACAACGGUUUACCUUGUCACCGCCUCGUAAUUUUUGACAAAUCUUCUAAUUUACAUUUUCUUGUUGAGACUGGCGCUGAUAUUUCCUUAGUUCCUAAGAGAGUUUUGUUUAAACCAUUAUCAACUAAUUUUAAACUUUUUGCUGCUAAUGGUGCUGAUUUCCUCGGACAUUUUAAUCUCCUAGUUGAUAUUAAAAACAAACGUUUGAUCGACUCUGUUACUGGCCUUAAACAUUUUGGAAAGAUCCAAGAAGUUUUAGAAUUAUCUAUAUGUACCACGUCUCCCGACUCUCCUUAUCACAGGAUUUUAGCAGAAUUUCCUGGACGUACUCGAUUUGCUCCUCUUUCUUCGGUGAAGUCUCAUGGAAUCGAAAAUCGUAUAAUCACGGAAGGAUCUCCUAAAUUUUCAGUUCCCAGAAGACUUUCUCCGGAAAAACUCAAGUUCGCCAAGGAGGAAAUUAAGUUCAUGAUGGAACAAGGAAUUUGUAGACCUUCGAGUAGUACUUGGGCAGCUCCUCUACAUAUGGUUCCCAAAUCGGAAAAUGUUUUGAGACUUUGUGGUGAUUACCGUGCGUUAAAUUCGGUCAAUGUUCCUGAUCGUUACCCACUGCCUCAUAUUCAAGAUUUUACUUCUGGACUUUACGUAAAAGCGUACUAUCAAGUACCCGUCGCCAAGGAGGAUAUUCACAAGAACGCAGUUACCACACCUUUUGGACUUUUUGAAUUUUUCGUCAUGCCUUUUGGUCUUCGUAACGCUCAAACUUUCCAAAGAUUAAUGAAUUCACUACUCAGUGAUUUAGAUUUUGCUUUUUGCUAUCUUGACGACAUUCUUAUAGCUUCCAAAAAUGAACAAGAACAUAUUGCCCAUUUGCGCAUUAUUUUUAAUCGUUUAUUACAAGCCGGAAUGUCAAUUAACGUAUCCAAAUGUCUUUUUGGAAAAAAGAACUUUCUUUUCUCGAAUAGUUUCAAAUCAAGGUAUUAA